CCUUUUCGAUCGUCUAUUGUCUAUUGUUUCCCGCUAGUUUGGCUGAUCCAGCUGAUCAAAAUUCAGAAUUCUUGUGCACGGCGUCACCAAGUUGGAAACGAAUUGACGUGAUUUCGAAGGUUUAGUCUUCUUAGAGAGCACCUUUGCCAGCAGUCAUGGGCAAAAAGAAGGCGACAAAGACGGAGGCUGGUGGGCCACAGGCUGCGGCCAUCGUGAAACCUGAAAAGGAAGCGGUGAAUCUGAAAAAGCCAGCGCCAAAGAAAAGGAGAAGAAUGCAGCUCAAGAGAAUUUGCCAGAAUUUGCUUGUGGAGCAGAACGCCUCAUGCAAGCCACGGCCUGAGCCAAAAUCGGAGAGCACUGUUGUCACCCAAAAAGAAGAGCGAGAGGAGCUGCUCAGGAAGCUUCGUCAGGGCCAAGCAGACGCCAAGAAGUGCCUGGCCAACGCCGAAAAGCAACUUCGCAAGGAAAAUGAAGCCCUGAAGAGGCUGGACGCUGAAAUUUUGGAAAUUUCUCGGAUCCAUGAGAAUGAGGAGGUUGUUGGCACGCUGCAAUUUGAUUCGGAAAACCACUGUGUCGUCUCGGUGGACGGAUAUAGCUCCAAGAGAGGCACUGGAUUCGGAGUCUUCUUUGGAACAGAGCACAAGCUGAAUGUCUCACAGCCUUUUUCGAAGCGCCCUGAUGCCCACUUUGACUCAGUUCUCUAUGCUGCCUUUGUUGCUUGUGAAAUACUCAAAAAACUAGGUGUGCACAGAAUGAGCAUCUUCACCUCUUGCAAAGGACUUUAUGAAACCAUCAAACUGAUGAAUAAGAACCGGAAAAAGCCAGGGUCCCGUGGUCUCUUCGCCGAGCUGUGCGUCUCGUUCAAGGACAUGAACACAAAAGUGACAAUGGUGGCAAUGAAUUGCUCCGAAGGAUGGAAGCUGGCAAAAAAAGGCGCACCCUGAGUGCUUUCUUGUCUUACAAUCAAAUUAAAAUCAUUUUGACCAUUUCUUAUAUUAAAUUGUAGCUUCUCAAAAUUGAAAAUAUUUCAAAUUUUACCUC